AUGUCCAGCCAAUAUCGCUCCCCCGACUCCCACAGAAGCCUAGCGAGGGAGCGCAAACGGGCCGCGCGGGCAUGCGACAUCUGCCGCCGCCAGAAAGAGCGGUGUGACGGCGGCGUCCCCUGCCGGCGAUGCUUCCGCCUAGGGCGCCAGUGUGAAUUCACAGGUGAUGCGGGCAGCGCCGCAUCGGGGCCCGGCCGGUCGGCGCCGGCGACGCAUGCCAUCGCCCGCAGCCAAAUGGGCAUUGACCAGGGCGCCUCGGCGCAGCAUAAGCGCUUGGAGUAUCUCGAGAGGAUCGUGCGCAGCCAGGCCGGGUCCGAGGCGCCGCUGGACUUGGACACUCUCCGGAACCUGGCAGACGAGGCAGACAGCCGGCGCAGUCCGUCCCGGACAUCGCACGAAGAUGAGGUUGACAAGUCCAUCACCAUGCAAUCUCUAGAUGGGAAUGUCAUGCAUUAUUCGGGCGAGUUUUCGCACUGGAACUUUUCCAUGCGCAUCAAGGACUGGCUAGACCAGAGCGUAGCACGACAGGUCCAAAAUGAGCAAACUCCUAAACCAUCCAUCGUAUUUGACGAAUAUUACCGGCCCGAUGAGCUUCGGUCCCCAGCCGGCUCUCUCGUGCAGCUCUCCUCGCUGCCGCCGCGUUCCAUCACCGACUUUCUCCUCCACUGCUUCUUCCAACACGCCGAGGCCAACUACAGCUUCGUCGACAGAGAGUGGCUGUGCACGCAGGUGGACAUUGUCUACGAAAACCCCAUGGCGCUGUCAAACAGAGACGUUGGCACCCUCUCGAUGAUCUUUACGAUGCUCGCCAUCGGUACGCAGUACGCCUACCUCGAGUCCGUCGCAGAGAGCAAGGGGGCUGCUACUGCUGCUGCCAGUGACGCGAAGCAGUUCAGCGAAGACGCGGUCGGUAUUCAGUUUUACAGAAAAGCGGCUCACCUGCUACCAGAGGUCAUUGCGGCCUCGUCGCUGCAGAGCGUGCAGGCGUGCCUGUUGAUGGGCAUGUAUACGCUCCCGGUGGACGCAUCCGGGCUGGCCUACAUAUACCUGAAUCUGGCGUUGAAGUUGGCGAUACAGAAUGGUAUGCACAGAACGCAUCCUGCAAACGAUGGAGAUGCGCGUGUCCGGGAGACACGAAAUCGCGUCUGGUGGGCACUCUACACAGUUGAGCAGCGAGUCGGUAUAUUUCACGGUCGUCCCAUCUCCAUCGCAAGCGUCGACGUUGACGCGGAUCUGCCGUCGCCACUGCCUAGCCCGACAGUAUCGUUUAGGAAUCCGGAGCUUCUACUCACCACCAUACAACUAAAUAAGUCCAACCUGCGAACUCUCCCAAAAACAGAAACCUCGGAGUGUGUCAAGAAGCUUGCUCAACUUCAGUCCGAGCUGGUCAAAUGGUGGGACGGUCUUGGAGACGCCGCGUUGUUCAACACUGAGCAGCCAAUUUCGGCCGCGUUCCGGCCGAGGAUGCACCUCCGGCUGGAGUACUGCAUGGUGCGCCUCUUUCUUGGCCGCAUCUUUAUCCUCCCGCAGGACGGCAAGCUUGACAGCGACAACCGCUCGACGCCGUCCUCGUCCGACACCACCUCGCGCAGCUCACGCGCGACUCUGGUGCGCGACUGCGCCGAGGCCGCGCUGUCGGUGAUUGACGCGUGCCGCGUCAUUUCGCGGGCCGUCGGGCUGGCGCGGGCGUCGUACACCGAGUUCAGCUCGUGCCGGGCGGCGCUGCUCGUCAUCACCACGCAGUGCCUGACGCAGGGCACGGAGCGGUUCCGGCAGGCGCUGCGCGACGGCGUCGUGAUGCUCAAGGACAUGUCGUCGGGCAGCCAGUCGUGGCACUCGGAGGCGUCCCUGAUUGAGGCGUUUGAGCGGGCGAUUGCGAGCAUGAUCACACGCCACCCGGCGGCGGCGGGGAGCGCGGCGGCGGUGUCGGAGGAGUCGGACUAUGCCAAGUUUAAAAAGUGGGAGCAGAGGGUGCAGAAGCAUCCGUCGGUGCCGGAGUCGACUGCGGCUAGCAUGGUUGGGUCUGAGGAGAUGGGGCCGAUGGCUGGCCAGGACUGGAGACCGACCGAGGCGGCGUGGAGAGAGGACACUAUGCUGAUGCCGUCGUGUACGCCGUUUUUCGGUGUGGAUGGUAAUUUUGCGUCGUUUCCGGAGAGCUUGGAUGAGCUGCCAUCCUUUUUGGAUACGAACUUUUGA